AUGUCAUAUUCGCUCAAAAACGCUCUAAUUGGCAUCUCAGUUCUGACAUUUUCUACCGUCGUCUUCUUCGCGCUACAUACAUCGCCUCAUCUCCCCUUUCGACCGAACGAUAUUGAGAAUCCAUGGAUUCCGUCAGAUCCGCCAUCAUGGCCGCCGCAGCCAGCCAAUAAUAGUCGAUACACCGACCGGCUCGUCAAUUACAAACCAGAACACCCCAAUUUCAGCGAGGUGCAGCCCAUAGAUACCAAGCGCCUCGCCAUAUUGCUACCAACCUUUGAUGGGCAUUUUCCUCAAGUCUUUCGCUAUUUACAAUCCGUCAAGUGUCUAUGCGUCGACCAUCAUAAGGUCGACUGGCACAUCAUCGUAUCCAACUCUGCAGAAGUCGAGGGCCUUACGCAGCUUCUCUCGACCCUCGAAGAUUGCAACGAAACAUUCAGUCGAUGGAAAACACCAAAAGAUAACGUUCCCGGGAACAAUCCAACUUUUAAUAUCGUGAAUCUAUACGACAUUCUGCCAGCCAGGCUACGAGCGGACCUGACACCCGAAGACACGAGCAGUUUGUUGAAGAAGUAUGAUAAAUACGCUUAUCAAUCGAUCAAGAAAAUGUCUGCGGCUGAUCAUUUCGAUUACGACUUGGCCAUGUGGCUGGAUUCCGAAGCGAUAUUUGUUUCGCCAGGUGAAAUCAGAGAUAUAUUUGAGGGCCAUCUGCGCAACCCCAUUGUCUGGCGAUCCAGAAUGUCGUUUCAAGAUCGAGAGAAGUUUCUGAUGAGCAAAGCAGCAGCCACUCUGGGGCGAUCCAUCAAUUCCUUUGGUGAUCAGCUUUGGUUACUGGAGUCUCUCCAGUGGAUCAUUGAGAAGCCUAUAUGGGAUGAUAUGGUCUCGUCCGUUGAGAUGGCGCACGGUGGAAACUUUUGGGACAUUUGGAUUGAUAACUCUUAUCCUUUCGAAUUGCUGGUGUACUACCUUCACAUUAUCGCACGCAAGAUGGAAACAGCAAAUUCGAUAUUCUCGAACUAUCGCAUUUUGGAAACAGAGCGCGAGCUCAUCCGCUUCGGCCUAGCUGAAUCUAUCUCGGCAAUGGAGGGAAGAAGAGGAACAGGAUUCAUGGAAAGGCUACCUCAUCUCAUUACGAAACCACAUUCGGUUCUGGCACCGAACUUGAUAGCAUUUUGUCAAAGCUAUUCUCUCCGGGCGUUGAGAAUGGAUAACAUGGAUAACUUUGAAGAGAGUGCCCUAGACAGUUUCCUGAUUGAUGGAGACAUCAAGAUGCUGGUGUCCGGAGCGCCAGAUAUUCAUAAAUGGUGGGAUGAUCGUAUAAAGAAUGGUGAGGAUAUUAAUAAUACUGAAACUAAUUACACCUAA